UUGUUUGACAUUCGUGUAUUCAGUGACGUGCUUUUCGGUUGGAGGUGUUACGCGAUUUCGAGUCUUCGAAGAAAAAAUCAUAUUUUAUAUUAAAUUUACGAUAAUUUGCGAUUUAAUAAAGUGAAAAAAUGUUGCGUACACUUUCCAGAUGCAGCGAAUUGCCAGUCGUGGCAAAACAAUUGCAAAAAAAUGCCGCCCAGUCUGGUGUACAAAAAUCGAACAAAUAUGCAACGGAGGCGACCAUUCAAGUGAAUCGCCCCUUUAAGCUGCAUAGGCUCGAUAAAGGUCCCGAAACAAGCGUCACAUUGACCAAAGAGGAUGCAACCAAAUACUACACCCAAAUGCAGACGAUUCGUCGCAUUGAAACUGCCGCCGGUAAUUUGUACAAGGAGAAAAUCAUUCGUGGUUUCUGUCACUUGUACUCAGGACAAGAGGCUUGUGCCGUAGGCAUGAAAGCCGCUAUGCGCGAUCAGGAUAACAUUAUUUCUGCUUAUCGCGUGCACGGUUGGACUUAUUUAAUGGGUGUCUCACCAGUGGGUGUGCUUGCUGAGUUGACUGGCCGCCAGAGUGGCUGUGCCUUGGGCAAGGGUGGCUCUAUGCACAUGUAUGCCCCUAACUUCUAUGGCGGCAAUGGUAUUGUUGGUGCACAGGUACCACUUGGUACAGGCGUUGCUCUAGCCUGCCAGUACAAGGGUAAUGGCGGCGUUUGCCUCUCACUUUACGGUGAUGGUGCUGCCAAUCAAGGUCAAGUGUUUGAGUCCUAUAACAUGGCUCAAUUGUGGAAAUUGCCCGCGAUUUUCGUUUGCGAAAAUAAUAACUAUGCUAUGGGUACCAGUACGACACGUGGUUCCAGCAACACCGAGUACUAUACACGCGGUGAUGUAGUGCCCGGCAUCUGGGUUGAUGGUAUGGAUGUUUUAGCUGUACGUAGUGCCACCGAAUUUGCCAUCGAAUAUGUGAACAAGGUUGGUCCAAUUGUGUUGGAAACCAAUACCUAUCGUUAUUCCGGACACUCGAUGUCUGAUCCCGGCACAAGCUAUCGUACACGUGAGGAAAUUCAAGAAGUGCGUCAAAAGCGUGAUCCCAUCACCUCGUUCAAGGAAUUGUGCAUUGAGCAGGGACUUUUGUCGGCUGAUGAAAUUAAGGAAAUCGAUACCAAGGUGCGCAAGGAAAUCGACGAAGCUACACAAGUCGCUAAGAAUGACAAAGAACUGCCCGUAACUGGUCUGUGGACUGAUGUUUACUCAAACAAUUUGGAAACAAAGAUACGUGGUCUCACUAGCUAUAACAUUGCGCAUAUCUCACAACGUAAAGGCGUCAAUCACUAAAGCGCUUAGCAUUUGUAGUAGCUAAAACCAUUGAAACGAAGUACAAGCAACAAAGCAAUGUCUGCUUGUAGCCAUAAGUUAUAAAAGUGUAGCUGAAUCACUAGUGAAAUUU